AUGCUUCCGACCCGCUUAAUUAAUAGCUCUCGUGUGCUUGCCUCUGUAAUUAAUACCCAUCGUCUGUUUCUGGUUUUAUUAUGUCUUAUGUUUUCAAUUUUCAUUGAAAUACCUCUCAUACAUUGUUCUUUUCGUGUUUGUCGAUAUGCUUUAUCGUCCUUCAGUGGGUUUUCACAGCAAGACAUAUUAUCUUUUGAAUACGCCAUCCCUACCUCAGCAGUUCACAAUGUCUUGAUUGUUCAACCGAUUAUUCGUAGAGUCGAGUUGCGUCGUAAAUUGGAUUUGAAUGCCAGUUCAUCGGAUUAUCUAACAAUAAGCCAGUUGUCAAAGGGCCCUGAUGAGCACGAAGCCCGAUCACUUAUUGACUCUCUCAAUGGUUGGACAGUUAAAGACGUGGUCCAUGUGAAUAUGCGUAGUGGAGGGGUUGAAGGCGACCAAUUCUUCUCUAAAGGUGUGUGGCAGAAUCUCAAUGAUGUUGUUAAGAAGCACUUGGAGCCAUCAACUGACGGAUCACAACGGCAGAUCACAGCAGUGUUUGUUAAUUGGCGCCAAUUGCGAAUAAACCAAAUCAUCGAAAUGCAAAGAACAUGGGGGUGUCCCGUCUUUGAUAGAUAUACUGUGGUGGUUCAGCUGUUUCUCCUUCGUGCAAAGUCGCGUGAAGCGAGGGCUCAAGCCCAAUUGGCUGAAUUGGCCUUCAUACGUUCUCGUCUAGCCGCUGCUGAUGCAAUGGCAACAGCCAGAGUUCGUAAUCAUGAUCAUCUUAGACGUGUACUUGAUGAUCAAGAACGAAAGUUGAAGACGAUAUUGGAGGAAGAGGAGAAGCGAAAAGAGGUGACUCGAAAGCGACGUCGUGACCGAACUCUUAAUAGGCUUCCUGUGGUUGCAGUUAUCGGCUAUACAAACGCUGGCAAAACUAGUCUGAUCCGAACAUUGACGGGAAGCUCCAAAAUGAUCGCCUCUCCACAGGUUUUUGCCACACUUGACGUGACCCACCAUGCAGCUCGUCUCCCCACUGGGCUUGAAAACAGCGAUUCCAAUCUUUCUGCAGUGGGGGCUCCUGGUCUCCGGAUGCUCAUGUUGGAUACCAUCGGUUUCAUGGCUGAUCUACCACGUGACUUGAUAGCUGCAUUCAGAGCAACAUUGGCGGAGUGUCUUGAUGCUGAGAUAAUUCUUCAUGUGAUUGACGUGAACCAGAAGGAUUGGCCGAAGUUUGCUGCCUACAUUGAAGAGGUGUUGCAUGACUCUGGUGUUAAAACACGACGUCUCAGUGACAGGAUGGACACUGGAAGUAGCCACACACCAUUUCUUAUUCGAGUUGGAAACAAGUGUGACCUAGGAAUUCAUGAACAUUCUUCAUUGCAUCUGGAUGUGAGGGUCUCUUGUGUUAGUAAUGCAGGCGUUGGAGAGUUAUGCAGUGUCAUGGAAUCUUGCCUUAUUACCGGUUUCGGUUGGUCAAAACGCAAGUUUCGCAUGCCCCAAGGAAAUGACGCCCUUAGGUGGCUCUACACAAAUGCUAUGGUUGUACGAGUAGAAGGCUGUGCGGAUGAUCCAGAAAAGCUUGUCUGUGAAGUACUUUUCAACGAGGCAAUAUGGAGUCGUUUCAAAGCACAAUUUUCUUCAAUUUUCCAGAAAAAACAGUAG